GGAGCCGGGAGCCGGGAGCCGGGAGCCGGGAGCCGGGAGCCGGGAGCCGGGAGCCGGGAGUCCAGCGGGCUGCGCAGUGUUGGUGAUGGAAGGCGGAGUCUUGUUCAUGCUAGGUGAGCAGCCUACCUUGUGGUGUAUCCCCAGCCUUGGUAGAAAAUCUGAGGAGUUAAAAGCCCCAGCUCUCCUUCCUGAAUGACUUCAGCACACCUUUUAGGCUAGUUACAUUGCCGGGUGCAGACCUCUUCCUUGUGGCAGAGUGGAGCCGCUGUCUUUUUAAAGCAGACCUAUGAGUUUGGUGGGCCAAGUCCAAGAGGUCAGAAUGCUGCUCCUCUAUCAUGCCUUAGCUGUGACUGCUGUUCAGAUCCUUAUCUUCUCAGAAAACCGGGCAUUUGCCAAGAACAUCAACUUCUAUAAUGUGAGGCCUCCUCUCGACCCCACACCAUUUCCAAACAGCUUCAAGUGCUUCACCUGUGAAAAUGCAGGGGAUAAUUAUAAUUGCAAUCGAUGGGCAGAAGACAAAUGGUGUCCACAAGAUACACAGUAUUGUUUGACAGUUCAUCACUUCACCGGUCAUGGAAGAAGUACGUCCAUUACCAAAAAGUGUGCCUCUAAAAAUGAAUGUCAUUUUGUUGGUUGCCGCCACAGCCAAGGUUCUGAGCAUACGGAGUGUAGGUCUUGCUGUGAAGGAAUGAUCUGCAAUGUAGAAUUGCCCACCAACCACACGAAUGCAGUCUUCGCUGUCAUGCAUGCUCAGAGAACAUCUGGCAGCAGCAUCCCCAUGCCCUACCUCCCAGUGCUGGCCUGGGUCUUCAUGCUUCCCUUGCUAUGAUGCCAUCAUUCCUAGGAGAGGCAGAGACCAGCACUCUAAAGCACAAGGCGGGAACACUGACCUCUGGAGUGAAGGCCCAUCAAGCACUAGGUGAAGAGGACACAUUGGACCCCAAAGCAGAAGCCAGUGGUUUGCUUUGCCGAAAUGCUCCUGCAUGAAGUCAUGACAUUGAGCAUGGGGCUUAGUAGGGACGAAGAGGAUUGCCUGCCUUCCAGCUUCCUGCUCAGUUCUGGAAGGAGGGUCCUGCCAGUAUCAUUGAUCAGUUACAGUAGCCUGAUAGGUCCUGGCCUGACUGGGCCUUUAACUGGAAACACUUCUUUGAUCUCAUGGACCGCCCCCCGCCCAAACCCAGAGGCUGCUGGGUCAGACCCUCUGGUUUCUACGAUUAUCUCUGAGCAGCUCUGUGAAAUUUAACCCUUCUACCCAUGGACAAGCAGUUUCCCUAAUGUGAUGGCUUUCAAUUACUGUAACAACUAUUUGAGAUAAUAAGCUCAUAAAGAGAAAAGGUUUAUUUUGGCUGGCAUUUUGGAGGUUUCAGUAUAUAUUGGUUUGGGGCUUGUGGAAAGGCACAUCAUUUUGAGAUGUGUGUUAGAGCGUGAACAGCCACUCAUAAUGGAGAUUCAAAAUGGGGAAGGAGGUGGGGAGAGAGGAGAAGGAGAGGAAGAGGGAGAGGGAGAGAGAGUCCAUGGUUCUCUUCAAGGACGUGUUCCAAGAGUCCUAAAACUUCCUAAUAGCCCCCACCUCCUAAAGGCCCCACCUCCUAAAGGCUCCACCUCCUAAUGGUACCCAACAGUCUAGGGAUGGAACCUUUAAAUGUUGGACAUUCAAGAUUAAGCAGUAGCACCUGCCAAUAGCCUAGUCUGUAAGAAAGGCAACUAACUGUAGGAAGAACGUUUCCAGUCAACAUACUAUGAAGUGUGUGUGGGGGGGGGGUAAACUUGUAACUGUGUUGUGUAAUGCAUUCUGUGUUUCUUGACUGAUGUGGAGGCCUCUGAUAAAGCACAUUUACCAUUGUCACCAAAGCUGUUUUUCCAUGCAUCACAGGUGAUAUAUGCUGGCUGAAAGAAUAAAAUUUUAUGACAAAGUG